UGUGACGUCUCGGACAGCGCCGGAAGCGGCCGCGCUCGUGCCGUGGCCAUGGGGCUGAGGGGGCUGUUGUCGCCGCCGCCGCCGCUGCUGCGGCUGCUGUUGGGUCGCUGUCGCCGCCGCCCUGCCGCCCUGCCGGUCCUCCUCCGCGGCGGCCGUGAGCAGAGUACCCGCGCCUGCCGAGCGCCGACUGGGCUGCUCUGUGGGGCAAGGCCGCCGCCCGCCCCCGGCCUGCUCAGUUGGUCUUGGCGGCGCUCGUGCAGUAGCCACGCCACUCAGGAUGACAAAGAGACGCCGCCGCCGCCGCCGCCCCCCCGGUCGCUUAGUAGGCCCGAGAGAGUCCCAGCAGGUUCCGCCUCGAAACACGAGUUCCAGGCCGAAACGCAGAAGCUUUUGGAUAUUGUGGCCCACUCCCUCUACUCUGAGCAGGAGGUGUUCAUCCGGGAGCUGAUCUCCAACAGUAGCGAUGCUCUGGAGAAGCUGCGCCACAAACUGGUCUCUGAAGGAAAAGUCUUGCCAGAACUCAGGAUUGAUCUGGAGACAGACAGUGAAAAGGGCCUGGUUGCCAUCCAGGACACUGGCAUUGGGAUGAACUAUGAAGAACUUCUGUCCAAUUUAGGGACCAUUGCAAGAUCUGGCUCCAAGGCCUUUCUGGAUACACUGAAGAGCCAAGCAGAGGCCAGCAGUAAGAUUAUUGGCCAAUUUGGAGUGGGCUUCUAUUCAGUAUUUAUGGUGGCUAAUCAAGUGGAAGUUUUCUCCAAGUCAGCAGAGCCAGAUAGCUUUGGAUAUUGCUGGCGUUCAGACGGUUCUGGGACGUUCGAAAUUUCAGAAGCUUCUGGAGUUCAGGUUGGAACUAAAAUCAUUCUCCAUAUAAAGGAAGAUUGCAAUGAGUUUGCCAGUGAGGAGCGAGUUAAAGACAUCAUCAAAAAGUAUAGCAACUUCAUCAGCUUUCCCCUCUAUCUGAAUGGGCAGCGUGUCAACACACUGCAGGCCCUUUGGAUGAUGGAUCCCAAGGAGGUUGGAGAUUGGCAGCACACAGAGUUCUACCACUUUAUUGCCCACGCAUAUGAUGAGCCUCGCUACACUCUGCAUUACAAGACCGAUGCACCUCUCAGCAUCCGCAGCAUAUUUUAUGUGCCAGGGUUGAAACCUUCCAUGUUUGAUGUGAGCCAGGAGCAAGGCUCUGGUGUUGCCCUCUACACUCGCAAGGUCCUGAUCCUGACCAAGGCUACGGAGAUUCUACCCAAAUGGUUACGUUUCCUGAAAGGGGUUGUGGACAGUGAGGAUAUCCCCUUAAAUCUCAGCCGAGAACUGCUUCAAGAGAGCGUCCUUGUCAGAAAGCUCAGAGAGGUUUUGCAACAGAGGCUGAUCAAGUUCUUCAUUGACCAGAGUAAGAAGGACCCUGAGAAAUAUGCCACAUUCUUUGAGGACUACGGGCUGUUUAUCCGCGAGGGAAUUAUCACGCUGGCUGAGCAGGAAGCCAAGGAGGAAGUAGCAAAGCUGUUGCGCUAUGAGUCCUCGGUGCUACCUCCAGGCCAAUUAACCAGCCUCCCAGAAUACGCCAGCCGUAUGCCAGCUGGCAGUAGAAAUAUCUAUUAUCUGUGUGCUCCCACCCGCAACUUGGCUGAGCACUCUCCAUACUACGAAGCAACAAAGAAGAAAAACGUUGAGGUGCUGUUCUGCUAUAAGCAGUUUGACGAGCUGACUCUUCUGCAUCUACGAGAGUUUGACAAGAAGAAACUGAUCUCAGUAGAGACAGAUAUCGCUGUUGACCACUAUAAGGAGGAGAAGUUUGAGGAAAGUCACUCAGCUGAAAAUCGCCUGAGCUCUCAAGCGGCAGAGGAUCUCCUGGCCUGGAUGAGGAAUGCCCUCGGCUCACGGGUCGCCGCUGUCAAGGUAACGCCACGUCUGGAUUCACAUCCAGCCAUGAUCACAGUGCUGGAGAUGGGUGCUGCCCGCCACUUCCUGCGCAUGCAGCAGCUGGCAAAGACCAGUGAAGAGCGAGCCCAAAUCCUGCAACCCACGCUGGAGAUCAAUGCCGGACACACACUAAUCAAGAAACUCAACCAGUUACGAAUUGACCAGCCUGACCUGGCCCAAAUGCUGCUCGACCAGAUCUAUGACAAUGCCAUGAUCACGGCCGGACUGAGCGAAGACCCCCGGCCCAUGGUGAACCGGCUGAAUGAGCUGCUUGCCCGGGCCCUGGAGAAGCACUGAACCAGCCCCAGUGGCUGGAAGCUCAGCUGCCGCCUUCACCUCUCUGGCUUCCCGCGUCGGGCGGCCUGGAGCAAUAGAAGCAGCCCCUGCAACGGAUAAAACAUGCAAUAAAAGCCCUACACGCUC